CCUCUUCUCCUCCUCCUCCUCCUCCCGGGAGCGCUGCCCCGCUCGGCUCGACCCUUCUCCCUUCUUUUCAUUCGCAACCCCGAGCCCGCCUUCUCCGCUUCCACGGAGCAGCCAUGUCUGGCGGCGCGGCCGAGAAGCAGAGCGGCUCCCCGAGCUUCCUCUCGCCGCCGGCGCCCGCGCCCAAGAACGGCUCCAGCUCCGAUUCCUCCGUGGGCGACAAGCUGGGGGCCGCGGCCACCGACGCCGCCAUGGGCAGGACCGAGGAGUACCGGCGCCGCCGCCACACGAUGGACAAGGACAGCCGAGGGGCGGCCGCCACCCCCACCCCCACGGAGCACCGCUUCUUCCGCCGGAGCGUCAUCUGCGACUCCAAUGCCACCGCCUUGGAGCUGCCCGGCCUCCCGCUGUCGGUCCCCCAGCCCACUGUCCCCGCCGUGGUGCCGCAGAGCGCCCCGCCAGAGUCCCACCGAGAGGAGACGUUGACGGCCACCGCCGCUGCCCAGGUGGCCCAGCAGCCCCCCGCCGCCGCCGCCGCCGCUGCUGCCCCUGGGGAGCCAGCUGUCGCCGGCCCCGCCGCCUCCACGGUCCCCAGCAGCAGCACCAGCAAGGAGCGCCCCGUGUCCCAGCCCACCUCCGCGGGAAGCAAAGAGGAGCCACCGCCUGCCCGAAGUGGAAGUGGCAGCGGCGGCGGCGGUGGCAGCAGCGCCAAGGAGCCGCAGGAGGAACGGAGCCAGCAACAGGAUGACAUCGAAGAGCUGGAGACCAAGGCCGUGGGCAUGUCCAACGACGGCCGCUUUCUCAAGUUUGACAUCGAAAUCGGCAGAGGCUCCUUUAAGACGGUCUACAAGGGUCUGGACACCGAAACCACGGUGGAAGUCGCCUGGUGUGAGUUGCAGGAUCGAAAGUUAACAAAGUCUGAAAGGCAGAGAUUUAAAGAAGAGGCUGAGAUGCUAAAGGGUCUUCAGCAUCCCAAUAUUGUUCGAUUCUAUGACUCCUGGGAAUCUACAGUAAAAGGAAAGAAGUGCAUCGUUUUGGUAACUGAACUUAUGACAUCUGGAACACUUAAAACGUAUCUGAAAAGGUUUAAAGUGAUGAAGAUCAAAGUUUUAAGAAGCUGGUGUCGGCAGAUUCUUAAAGGACUUCAGUUUCUUCAUACUCGAACUCCACCUAUUAUUCACCGGGAUCUUAAAUGUGACAACAUCUUUAUCACUGGCCCUACCGGCUCAGUCAAGAUUGGAGACCUUGGUCUGGCAACCCUGAAACGGGCUUCUUUUGCCAAGAGCGUGAUAGGUACCCCGGAGUUCAUGGCCCCUGAAAUGUACGAGGAGAAAUACGAUGAAUCUGUUGAUGUAUAUGCUUUUGGAAUGUGCAUGCUUGAGAUGGCUACAUCUGAAUAUCCGUACUCAGAGUGCCAAAAUGCUGCACAGAUCUACCGUCGAGUGACCAGUGGAGUGAAGCCAGCCAGUUUUGACAAAGUAGCAAUUCCUGAAGUGAAGGAAAUUAUUGAAGGAUGCAUACGGCAAAACAAAGACGAACGAUACUCCAUCAAAGACCUUUUGAACCAUGCCUUCUUCCAGGAGGAAACAGGGGUACGGGUAGAAUUAGCUGAAGAAGAUGAUGGAGAGAAGAUAGCUAUUAAAUUAUGGCUGCGCAUUGAAGAUAUUAAGAAAUUAAAGGGGAAAUACAAAGACAAUGAAGCUAUUGAAUUUUCCUUUGACUUGGAGAGAGAUGUGCCAGAAGAUGUUGCCCAAGAAAUGGUAGAGUCUGGGUAUGUCUGUGAAGGUGAUCAUAAGACCAUGGCUAAAGCUAUCAAAGACAGAGUAUCAUUAAUUAAGAGAAAACGAGAGCAACGGCAAUUGGUGCGAGAAGAACAAGAAAAAAGGAAACAGGAAGAGAGCAGUCUGCGACAGCAGGUCGAACAACAAUCGAGUGCUUCCCAGACAGGAAUCCAGCAGAUCCCUUCUGCUAGCACUGGCAUGCCUACUGUUCUUGCCACUUCUGCGUCAGUUUCUACACAAGUAGAACCCGAAGAACCUGAGGCAGAUCAGCAUCAGCAACUACAGUACCAGCAGCCUAGUAUAUCUGUGUUAUGUAAGUGUUUGGGGACACAGGCAAAU